AAGCAAAUGACCUAAUUUUACAUGUCCGGAUAUUUUAAGGGCUGAAAUUAUGAAAAACUCUGACUAUGCGGACAUAAAAAUAUUUUAUAGGAUCUUUCCCCUAGAUAAACCUUGUUGGGAUUACGUUAGAAUUAAAGAUAAGAACACAAUAUACGUAAGACGUCUUCAGGAAUUGAAUGAUUCUUCGAAGAAAGAUGUAGAACCGCACUUCUGGGAAUUUUUUACCGACGGAGUGUUUCACAAUACCACACAGGAACAUAUAUAUUCUUCGAUAGCAGAAGGUUUGCUAGAAGAUCUAACAAAAGGCUACAGCGCAACCAUCGCAGCUUACGGCCAAUCAGGUACGGGCAAGUCGCUUACAUUAGCAGGGCUGCAAUUAUCUUCGGAAGAUCUCGGUAUAGCUCCCAGAAUAGCUCAAGAUUUGUUUGAGUAUAAGAAAAAAUUACCAUCACACAUGAAAAUGGCUAUACAGAUAUCAUAUGUCGAAUUUAACGAAAAUGGAGCAGUAGAUCUGCUGCUCAAGUUUCCGAACGAGAUGGAUCACUGGCUUGUGAGGGAAAAAAUGACGAAGUUGAGAGUACGAUCAAAGUUGGAUGCGCUCAAAACGCUGUUUUUGGCAGAAGCAAGAAAAAGAUUUGCUGAUACGAAUGCAUAUUUUUCGCAUCUGUUUAGCAGUGUGUUAACGUUUCAUGUGACUACGAAAAAUGAACAGUACAGUGAACCCUUCAUGAGAGAAUCACGAUUGCAUAUCAUCGACAUGGCAGGAGUUGAUACAGUUGGCAACCUUGCUAGUAUUUUCAAACCGGUAAAAGAAAUAGGAAGAGCGAACGUUACCAAAUGUGAUUUGACGCAAUUAUUCCUGUACCUAGCUAAACAAAAACAUAAUCAGACAAACAUUAAAGAACGCUCCAAUCCUCUGGUAUAUUUUCUAGGAAAUGAUCUGAGUGCUAGAAGCAUGCUAAGGUUUAUUGGUCACAUAAAGACACUGCGAGAAGAUCUGCCCAUGACCAUUUCCAUGAUGAGAUUCGGUUCCUUACUCAAACGCAUACCACCAGAGAAGAAGAUAGUAGAGAAAAAAGGCGAUAUAAAGGCGCAAGCAAAGCAACUCAGCCAGAAACUAGAACAGCUGCAGAAAGAGGAAAUGCUCAACUCAAUCUUGAUGAACCAAGAUCUGAGCGCACUGAACGAAGAUAGGACGGAACACCUACAGGCAAUUGUCCAACAGUAUCUGGCAAAUACUUUGACGGAGAUAAGCGUCAUGAAUGUGGCUGAAGUCAGCAUGGUGUUCAGAAUAUUUAAGGAGGUAUACAAUAGAACCAAAACGGAGCGGCUGUCAUGUCUAAUGGAACGGAAGGAGCUUACUAAUGCGAAUGCUUCAUCAGGUAGCUUACCAUCAAACAAGCACAAAAGAGGCUCAAGAGCCUCCAGAGGCUCAGUACCGAGCAAGGGAUCAGUCAACAAAACAAGGAAAUCGGCUAAUAAGACCAAAAUUAUCAAAGGUGCCAUUCCAGAGGGAAAACCUUUCCACCGGGGACAUGAUCAACAAAAUGGUGUCAAAAUGGAAAAUGCAAUAUCUAACAUGUCAGUAACAGAUAAGAAUAUGUCGCCUAAGCCAUCAUCUACGCAUAAAGAUUCAAGGUUAAGCAAGUCUGGACAGGGCAGUUUCUCUUACAUGCCAAAGAGAAAAUCUAGAAGUUUAGUGAAUGGAAAACAAAGUUCUGUUGCAACGCUUGAAUCUAUAAGUAUGCCUCCCGUGCCUGAGGCUGUGCUUGAAAAUGAAGAAGCUUGGACGGAAUACAAGAGGCAAAGUACUUACAAAAUGCUACAAGCCGAGUAUCAAGCUAAUGAAGUUAAUAUUAGAGAGGCAUAUAAUAGAUUUAAUUUGGUACAUCAUGUAUAUUCAUAGUUAUAUGGAAGGAAUGCAGAAACUCCAAGCAAUGAAGAGUACAGUUGAAAAAAAACGUCAAGAGUUGCUAGAGAGCACAAUGGUGAGAAACUUCAAUUGUUCUACUCGUGUUGAUCUAGGAACUGCCGAACUAUUGAAUACAACUGAAGCUAUAUGCAAAGAGAAUUUGGAUAAUGCCGAGAAAGAGCUUGUAGAAUACCAAGAAAUGGUUCUAACGACUCAAACGCAAUUGAAACUGUACUUGAACAACCGCAAAGAUCUGAAAGCCCAAAUCAACGAAGGUUUCGAAUCCUUCAGCAAAUCCACGUACCACAUCCCGUUGAUUGCACCAAAUGAGAUGCAGGGACAGGACCAGGAUAUUUCAACAAAACAGACAUCUAGAAGGAUCAGUAAAUCGAGUACCACCAAGGAUGCGAAAACUACGGAAAAUAUGGAGUCUAAGCUGAUGCAGUUCAAAAAGAUGUUGGAGGUGGAGAAGAACAGAAAUUCUAUCGCCGUCAAAAAAUCUAAAACCACAUGGAAAUGAUGUAACAGAAACUAAUCAAAAAUUAAUAAAUCAUCCGAUAUUGUAAAACA